UCUUUGGCGUGAGACGGUAAAAAUAUUUUGUGUGCGCCUCCCGGUACUAAAUAAAAAUUAAAUUAUUAUUUUACUCUACAAGAAAAUACAAAAAAAAAAUAUAUUGCAGAAAAUAAUUAUUUUUCUUACAACAAGAAAAGAAUUUUCUGUUUUUUUUAUACAAAUCCAAUGCAUUUUAUAAGUUAAAACACAACAAAAAAAAUCUACAACAUUAACAAGAUAAUAAAUUUGUGCUUUAAAGACGAUAAUGUAGGGAUGAGAGACAUGUGCCUGUAGAAAAAAACACAAAUUUGAUAAAAAAAAAAUAUUUACAAAAAAACAAAAAAUCCAUCGAAGUGCAUAAAUAAUAAAAAAUAUACAACAAAAAAUAUAUAUGAAGCAAAAAAUUAAAUUAAUAAGCAAAAAAGUAUAAUAAAAUAUAAAUUAAAUGACCGGAUGUGGAAAAAAUAUUUUUCGACCAAAAAAAAUCUGAGACGUGAAGAAAUUUUUAAAAAAAUUAACAUUUAUUGAAAGCAAACAUUAUAUUUAAACACACAAAAAAAUAUACAUACAUAAUAUAUAACAUACAAAUAAUGAGAAAUAAUUACUAAAAAAUAAAGAAAAAAAAAUAAAUUCGAUGACACAUUGAACAACUCAAAUAUUUAUAUGGCCACAAAACAAGUAAUAAUAAUAAAAAGUACUUUGUAACUGUUUAUACAACUAAACAACGUGCAUACAGGUGAAAAAAAUUAUACAUGAGACACAUGUGGCACAGAAAUUGAAAAAAAAAAUAGAAAAAAAUUACAAGACAUUUCAAUCACAUUUCUAUUUAUCGCGCGAGCAUUGCAGCGGUAAAUAACGGAUAUUAAUAAAUAUAAAUAUAUAUAAAAAAGGAAACCACAGAAACGAGAUGAAAUUGCUCCCGAUUCCCCUGUCACCGCUGGGCGCGCCUCCCCCAAUGGGCAUGUGGAGUUCAGAUCUCUUAUGGCGCUAUCCGCCAGCGCCUCCCUCGCCACUUGCCGAGCUCCGUACCCAAUUGCCGCAACAGUUAUUAACAGAUCCCCGACUGUGGGGUCGCGAAGAGGUCGCCGUCUUCCUGCGAUGGAGCGAACGUGAAUUCGACCUGCCAAAAUUCGAGCUUGACUUGUUCCAGAUGAACGGCAAGGCGAUUUGUCUCUUGUCGAAGACAGAUUUCGCCGAAAGGUGUCCCGCUGCCGGCGAUGUGCUUCACAACGUGCUUCAUAUGCUCGUUCGCGACGCUCAGAUGCAACAUCGACAUCUCCCGUCGUCGCCCGUGACACCCACAAGUCGAUAUCCGUUGUCGCCCCACAGUCAACCACCGACCCCAAAUUGGGCGGCACUCGCGCCUCCCGAAAAUUCCUUCUACACGCAACACUUGCAGCAAUUUAUGGCGAGCAACAGUGUCACUUUGAGUCCCGCACCGUCGACAGAUUCGCAAGUUGGCAGUCCGCCGCAGCACGCGACGUCGGAACAAGUACAAAGCAGUAAUUUUUUGCAAUCGUCAGGAUCGUCGGGCGUUUCGUCGUCCGGAAGUAAUGGAGCGGCAAGCAAUAAUUCCGAUAGUGAUGAGGAGCCGCAAUAUCCGGAAGGUACGUCGACGGCAAGUAAGCAACAGGCGACGAAACAACAAGCACCUUUGGUGACGGUACAACAAUCAGCGACGACGCAACGGAAUGUGCAUCAGCAUAGUACGACGAAACAUUUGCCGCCGCCUCUCGUUUUGGAGCCAAAAGCACUUGCGGCAUGGUCCAUUAGCGGAAAUGACUCGGGCACACCAACGCCGAGCCCUUUGACGCCCGGAGGCGGAUUGAGUGGCAUUAAACGCGAAUUUUUCCCCAAUCAAAAUACACCAAACACUCCAUUGUCGGCAGGCGCUUUCAUUCCAGUGAAACGGGAAUUUUUCCCUGAUACACCUGAGCCCAAUACAAAUGGUCGCUUAUUGUGGGACUUUUUGCAACAAUUGUUGAACGAUCCUCAACAACGGUACAGCAACUACAUCGCAUGGAAGUGUCGUGACACAGGCGUCUUCAAAAUUGUCGAUCCAGCUGGCUUAGCGAAGCUCUGGGGCAUCCAGAAAAACCAUUUGUCCAUGAACUACGAUAAAAUGUCGCGUGCCUUACGUUAUUACUACCGCGUGAACAUCCUGCGCAAGGUUCAAGGCGAAAGACAUUGUUAUCAAUUUUUGCGUAAUCCAAGCGAAUUGAAAAGUAUUAAGAAUAUCUCGUUGUUGCGACAAACGAUGGCGAAUCAACAAGCAACGGUCAAGAAGGAACAACAGCAGCAGCAACAGCAACAACAGGCCCAGCAAGCACCUCCACAAUCGCCUUCGUAUCUCAUGAAUGGCUCCAUUGCCUCCAUUAUGACAAAUUCGAACUUUAUGAGUGCCGCUGUCGCUGCAGCUGCCGCCAGCAGUCAACAACAUCAAAGACAAACAUCUCCAGUCCCACCAUCGCCGCUUCAUUUGCAGCCACCGCCAGUUAUUAAGAUGGAGGCAAACAGCCAAGAGCAAGAGACUGAUGACAUGAAACCAACAGACUUGAGUACAAACAGCAGUAGCAGUAGAAAUGGCAGUAGCGAAAGUGUUGAUUGUUAUCCAUUGAUUCGCAACUCAAACGGUCUCACCACAAUCCAAAUUCUCCGUCAUCACCAACAACAAGAAUACCCACAGAGAUCGGCUUCCGUUUCGCCCCAACCUCAAUACACGAAACCCUCUUCAGUGAGUCCAGUGCAACAACAACAUCAUCAAUCGCAUGAAAGUCUCAUGGACGACAUGCCCACAGACUUGAGCAAUUACAAAUAAAUCCGUAACAAUUUCCAAAAACACACAGAAAAAGUACAAAAAAUCUCUUUGUACUGCGAAAAAAAAAUAUUUUAUGGAAAAUUGUGAUAUUAAAUUGCAUUCUGAUUGACAUAGCGAAAAAAAAUGUGAAGACCCCAAAAAUAAUAAAAUAAUUGAGAACAAAAAAUAUGUGCCAACAACUUUCUGCUCUGAUGUAGUUUUUAAUCACGAAAUUUAGUUGCAAUACAAAAAAAUAAUAAAUUUCAAGAUUCUCAAUUAAAUUAAUUAAUUAAUUAAAAUUUAAUUAAAUUUCGGAUCAAAUUAAAAAAAAAUAAAAUAAAAUAGCUUUAAUGUUAAAAAAAAUAUUUGUAAUAAAAAAAUAAGUGAUCGAUUAUUAGAUUUAGUGCCGAGAAAAGAAAAAAAAACAAAAAUGACUGAAAAAUGUCUUAAUUUUUAAAAAUUGUAAAUAAAAUCCUUCUUCCCAUACGAUUACAUUCAAAUUGGCUUCCAUUUGUAUAAAGAAAAAAAUUCUAAAAAAUUUAAUUAUUAAACACUUUUUUUGUUCUUCCAAUUAUUAUUCGUGAUUA